AUGUUUCCAUUCACCGAAAAUCGUGUAUUUCAGGCUCUCCAAGGAGCAGGAGGUCCCCCCCUGAAUGUUGCAGGCGCAUCAAACAACAACACCCACAAAAACCGCCAGCCCUUCACUGAUGCCACCUUUGGUGGCCAACAAGGACGCGCAUCUGUCCCGAUCGAUGUUGACUUGACACACGCGACUCAAGCAAACGACUUUGACGACCCCGCUGCAGACGCAUUGGAAGCCGCCAUCAAACGAGGAACGGCUCAAUCACUGGAAAUGGCUAGCAAUGUUGCGGUCGCAUCGGACCAGAGCAACCACCACCACCAGAGCAGCAACAGUGAUGUCGCUAGCAACAACCUUUCCAGCAACAAUACCCCGAUGGAGUCAGCUCUUUCGAACUUGUUGGGAAGCCAGGACGCAAACAACCCAAUGCAGCAGAUAUCUCUUCCGCAGCCACCACCACCAGCACAACAGCAGUCACAAGACGUGUCCCAGGAUCAGCAGCAGCAGCAGCCCCAACAACAGCAGAAUUUUUCGCUCAGUUUGGACAACAUCCAGCUACUUCGUACACUUCAGCAACUGGGAGUUCGCUUGCCACCGGCUGCAGCUCUUCCUCAAGACCCUCUCACGGCGCUGAUUGCGUCGCAGCUCCCUUGUGCGAGCGAUUCAGAAAAUGCCAGUAAAAAGGACUUGAAGAAGAAGAAAGGGGACGGCCUCGAAGAGGACUCAUUUUAUGCCAUCCCGAAGUUGCCAAAAGACCGACCGUUGCCUCCAAUGGAAGAGGGCGACACAGUUCAUUGGGCGAAACGCUUCAUUGUGCCGCUGGCCAUUGAAGAAGAUUCCAAUUGGUUGUCGGAGCGACAGUGUUUCAUUCGGGCUGAGCUCCUUGAGGUCGUGAGGGCAAGUCAUCAAGAUGUGUUGGUGCGAAGCUCAUCCAAGAGCGUCUCCUACCAACAACUUGGAAUACGUUGCCGAUACUGUGCACAUUUGCAUCCCAAUUCGCGGGCCAUCCGGUCCAGUGCUUUUCCCUCUAGUAUUCGGCAAAUGUACCAGUCCUUCACGAUGAUGGUUCGCGACCAUUGGCAAGGUUGUAACGCAAUGCCGCCAAUGCUCAAGAAAAGGUUCGUGGCCUAUCAAGAGAACAAGAUCCCCAGUAGCUCUCUGUCGCGCGAGUACUGGGCAUAUGCCGCCGAAAAGAUUGGCAUGAUCAACACAGACUAUGGCAUCACAAUCACAGAAGAGUCCUUGGCCGCGGCAAAUGCCAUGAACACCUUUGGAACGACACCAGAACACAUAGGCGCAAUGCAGGCCGAAGGUCGCGAGAGCAUAAUGUUGGUUCGUUCCAGUGAUCAGCGCACACUUUCGCCCUAUCUAUACCUCCUCAUGAACCAAGUCGAAGAAUGCUACUUGUUGGAACCGGAACGAGUUGGGAAACGUAAGGAAGCGCCAGUCGGAUUGACGGGGUUUGGCUGCAAGUACUGUAUCAAGGCAGGACGCCUUGGGUUUUGCCGCGUGUUUCCGCUCAACAAGCGCAGCAUGCCCAUGAAAGUUAACGAUAUUUAUCAGCACUUUCAGCGCUGUCCUUUGACGCCAGCAGACAUGCGAAACACGCUUCGUGAAUUGAAGCGAGCAGCGACCAAGCCUCCACUCAACGACCGGGAUCGUGAAUUCGUGGAUCAACUGUGGAUGAAGUUGGGGCGAACGGGCUCUCAGAUUACACCCACAGGUUGA